AGGAACCCAGCUCGCAGGUUCGCAAGGAACCCAGCUCGCAGGUUCGCGAUGAACCCAGAAGCCUGGGCUGGCGAUGAACCCAGCUUGCUAGUUCGCGAUGAACCCAGGCGCCUGGGUUCACGUGGAAUGAGUCUUACCCUGAGAAAUGGAGAAGAUUUGCGUUGCUGUGAGAGUGAGACCGCGGUUUCCCAAGAUACCUCCAUUAGAACCUACUGGAAGGUCAAGGGCAACCGCAUCUCCCUCCACAGGCCUCACGGCACUCCCAUCUCCGGCGUCUCUUACGCUUUUGAUCAUGUGUUCGAUGAAACCUACUCAAAUGCUCAAGUUUACGAGCUUCUUACCAGGGAUUUAAUUCAUGCCGCGGUUGAAGAGUUCAAUGGCAUUCUUCUUUUCCUCAAAUCGUCCAAAUUUGUUCAAUCACUAAGAUUUGGCUUUAAGCCUUUAGAAAUGGAGAAGAUUUGCGUUGCUGUGAGAGUGAGACCGCGGUUUCCCAAGAUACCUCCAUUAGAACCUACUGGAAGGUCAAGGGCAACCGCAUCUCCCUCCACAGGCCUCACGGCACUCCCAUCUCCGGCGUCUCUUACGCUUUUGAUCAUGUGUUCGAUGAAACCUACUCAAAUGCUCAAGUUUACGAGCUUCUUACCAGGGAUUUAAUUCAUGCCGCGGUUGAAGAGUUCAAUGGCAUUCUUCUUUUCCUCAAAUCGUCCAAAUUUGUUCAAUCACUAAGAUUUGGCUUUAAGCCUUUAGGUUCUCUUUGUAUUUUGUUUGGAUCUAAGAAAGCAUCAUAGGUUGUUUCUGAGAUAUCUAAGAAAUUAAAAUGUUUGAU